AUGGAGGUUGAAUACUAACGAAACCUAGACCAACCUAUGGAGAAAAAAGGACAGGUCAUCAACGAGAAGCGUAAGUGGAAUCCGAUGAACCCUAAAGAGAGGCGGUACAAAGGGAUAAGGAUGAGGAAGUGGGGGAAGUGGGUGGCUGAGAUAAGAGAGCCCAACAAGCGAUCACGGAUCUGGCUUGGUUCUUACACGACCGCAGUUGCCGCAGCACAUGCUUAUGACACUGCCGCGUUUUACCUACGUGGUCCCUUGGCUAGGCUCAAUUUCCCCGGACAGGUUUUACAUGACGGAAACGGCAGUGGCGGCGUAGGAAGAGACAUGUCUCCGACGUUUAUACGGCAGAAGGCGGCGGAGGUGGGAGCUAGAGUCGACGCAGAGCUUCGGUUGGAGGAUUCCGGAUCAGUGGAAAAACCAGACGUGAAUAUGUUGCCGGAGGCUGGGAGAGUCUGAGAGGCAAAUAGAUUGUGAUUUAUACGUUGUAGUUUAGAGGUUGCGGAUGUUGGGAGACAAGAGUCAAAACAGAGGUCCUUACUUCUGACUCAGAAGAGGAAUACUGCAUAGUUUGAUAUUUUGUUUUAUGACUUAAUAUAAUUUUUACAAACGCUAUCGCUCUGCUUAAUCGUAGAUUCAUGGUUUCUCCAUUUCUAAGAUUUUGGAGCAUUAUUUGGAGGUGAUCGAGAAAGGGUUUAAGAAUUUGGGAAAAAAUUAUUAGGAAGAAGAAGAUA